UUCUGGCUCAAGGCAAGACAUCAAGGAACAAGACACGCUGCUGCAUUGUACCACCCAGCUUGGAGCAACAGAAGAUGCGCGGAAUUGUCUUCACCCUCGGAUGCGCUGUUGCGAUCGUCGUAGGCAGCACGAAUUGUUCUGAUGGAACGGGCCAGACGUCUUUCGACAUGUACAUGCCCUACCACGAUGUUAACAUCACGGUGCCUGCCAUCAAUCAGACCGUGGCCGAGUACGAGUACGCUGGCGACAACGCAUUGGUGGCCAUCCCAGCCGCGUGCUACCAGAAAGAGGCGGCGUUCUUCGGCUCGGCGUCGAAUUUCGCGGAUCGCGCGCCAGACGGUCCGGACGGCAUGUUCUAUUUCCGCAUCAGCGACCCAGACACGGAGUACGCGAAAUUGGCGAGCAUGACGGAUUGUUCGAGCGGGUUGGUGGUGUUGUUGCACGGCACGUCAGGGGUGCGUUGGAACCCGGUGUCCUACGCCGCUGCGCUUUCGGGUCUCGGGUGGGUGGUGGUGCUCCCCGACAGCCAGUCGCAGCCCGCUGAGGUGGGGUACAAGGGCGCCAUCAGUUUGAAGAACACGUCAGAGAUCGACACUUCCAACUACUGCGGCGCCAUGGAUGCUUACAACGAGCGUGCGAGCUCUUGGUCGAAGCCGUUCAUGUACUCCACAAAUUCUGAGAACAUCCUCAACGACGGCGCUAAGUACGCCGAGUACAUGGAGCGCAACUACCGUAUCCGAGCGCUGGAGAUGGACGCCUUCGUGUCCAAACGCGAGAGCCUGCUGUCCGCAUUCUUCGCAGCCUCUAAGGUUUUCCUGCUGGGCCGCAGCGAGGGCGGCGCGGUGGCCGGGCGCUACUACAACGAGGCCUUGCACAGCAAGCUGAGCGGCAUCAUCCUCUCGGGGUGGAGCUGCGACUUCAACUACUUUGUGAGCUGCGCAGAGAAUGCGCGCAUCUGCGAGGACCAGUGCUCCAAGGACAUCCCAGUGCUGAAUGUGGUGGGGGAGACCGACUCCUACUUCGCUUCGAGCAGCUCCGUGUCCGCGGACGUGGCGGCGGGUGCGACCGGGUACGGCGGCCCCAUCACUGGCAAUUGCAAGGCGGCCAUGGACGCUCAGGGCUUCUCCGGCCACGUGGUGGUCAUGGAGGGCGCGGGGCACAGUUUCCUCUACACGCACGACAACGCGUGGCGUUCCGUGCUGGGCGAGUUCUUGGCCUGCCCCACUGCCACGUCCCUGCCGUCUUUGCAGAGGCCAGGGUGCCAGGAGCAGAACGGAGUGUACACCUGCGAUGCCCUCAGCGAGUCGCCCCCGUGCGUCGACUGGGAAGUAAACACGUCCGUGGCCCUCGUCGGGGCAAUCUCGGGUAGCUGCGUCGCAGAGUGUUCUGAUGGCACGGGCCAGACGUCUUUCGACAUGUACCUGCCCUACCACGAUGUGAGCAUCACGGUGCCUGCCAUCGACCAAACCGUGGCCGAGUACGAGUACGCUGGCGACAACGCACUGGUGGCCAUCCCAGCCGCGUGCUACCAGAAAGAGGCGGCGUUCUUCGGCUCUGCGUCGAAUUUCGCGGAUCGCACGCCAGACGGUCCGGACGGCAUGUUCUAUUUCCGCAUCAGCGACCCGGACACGGAGUACGCGAAGUUGGCGAGCAUGACGGAUUGUUCGAGCGGGUUGGUGGUGUUGUUGCACGGCACGUCAGGGGUGCGUUGGAACCCGGUGUCCUACGCCGCUGCGCUUUCGGGGCUCGGGUGGGUGGUGGUGCUCCCCGACAGCCAGUCGCAGCCCGCUGAGAUGGGGUACAAGGGCGCCAUCAGUUUGAAGAACACGUCAGAGAUCGACACUUCCAACUACUGCGGCGCCAUGGAUGCUUACAACGAGCGUGCGAGCUCUUGGUCGAAGCCGUUCAUGUACUCCACAAAUUCUGAGAACAUCCUCAACGACGGCGCUAAGUACGCCGAGUACAUGGAGCGCAACUACCGUAUCCGAGCGCUGGAGAUGGACGCCUUCGUGUCCAAACGCGAGAGCCUGCUGUCCGCAUUCUUCGCAGCCUCUAAGGUUUUCCUGCUGGGCCGCAGCGAGGGCGGCGCGGUGGCCGGGCGCUACUACAACGAGGCCUUGCACAGCAAGCUGAGCGGCAUCAUCCUCUCGGGGUGGAGCUGCGACUUCAACUACUUUGUGAGCUGCGCAGAGAAUGCGCGCAUCUGCGAGGACCAGUGCUCCAAGGACAUCCCAGUGCUGAAUGUGGUGGGGGAGACCGACUCCUACUUCGCUUCGAGCAGCUCCGUGUCCGCGGACGUGGCGGCGGGCGCGACCGGGUACGGCGGCCCCAUCACUGGCAAUUGCAAGGCGGCCAUGGACGCUCAGGGCUUCUCCGGCCACGUGGUGGUCAUGGAGGGCGCGGGGCACAGUUUCCUCUACACGCACGACAACGCGUGGCGUUCCGUGCUGGGCGAGUUCUUGGCCUGCCCCACUGCCACGUCCCUGCCGUCUUUGCAGAGGCCAGGGUGCCAGGAGCAGAACGGAGUGUACACCUGCGAUGCCCUCAGCGAGUCGCCCCCGUGCGUCGACUGGGAAGUAAACACGUCCGUGGCCCUCGUCGGGGCAAUCUCGGGUAGCUGCGUCGCAGAGUGUUCUGAUGGCACGGGCCAGACGUCUUUCGACAUGUACCUGCCCUACCACGAUGUGAGCAUCACGGUGCCUGCCAUCGACCAAACCGUGGCCGAGUACGAGUACGCUGGCGACAACGCACUGGUGGCCAUCCCAGCCGCGUGCUACCAGAAAGAGGCGGCGUUCUUCGGCUCUGCGUCGAAUUUCGCGGAUCGCACGCCAGACGGUCCGGACGGCAUGUUCUAUUUCCGCAUCAGCGACCCGGACACGGAGUACGCGAAGUUGGCGAGCAUGACGGAUUGUUCGAGCGGGUUGGUGGUGUUGUUGCACGGCACGUCAGGGGUGCGUUGGAACCCGGUGUCCUACGCCGCUGCGCUUUCGGGGCUCGGGUGGGUGGUGGUGCUCCCCGACAGCCAGUCGCAGCCCGCUGAGAUGGGGUACAAGGGCGCCAUCAGUUUGAAGAACACGUCAGAGAUCGACACUUCCAACUACUGCGGCGCCAUGGAUGCUUACAACGAGCGUGCGAGCUCUUGGUCGAAGCCGUUCAUGUACUCCACAAAUUCUGAGAACAUCCUCAACGACGGCGCUAAGUACGCCGAGUACAUGGAGCGCAACUACCGUAUCCGAGCGCUGGAGAUGGACGCCUUCGUGUCCAAACGCGAGAGCCUGCUGUCCGCAUUCUUCGCAGCCUCUAAGGUUUUCCUGCUGGGCCGCAGCGAGGGCGGCGCGGUGGCCGGGCGCUACUACAACGAGGCCUUGCACAGCAAGCUGAGCGGCAUCAUCCUCUCGGGGUGGAGCUGCGACUUCAACUACUUUGUGAGCUGCGCAGAGAAUGCGCGCAUCUGCGAGGACCAGUGCUCCAAGGACAUCCCAGUGCUGAAUGUGGUGGGGGAGACCGACUCCUACUUCGCUUCGAGCAGCUCCGUGUCCGCGGACGUGGCGGCGGGCGCGACCGGGUACGGCGGCCCCAUCACUGGCAAUUGCAAGGCGGCCAUGGACGCUCAGGGCUUCUCCGGCCACGUGGUGGUCAUGGAGGGCGCGGGGCACAGUUUCCUCUACACGCACGACAACGCGUGGCGUUCCGUGCUGGGCGAGUUCUUGGCCUGCCCCACUGCCACGUCCCUGCCGUCUUUGCAGAGGCCAGGGUGCCAGGAGCAGAACGGAGUGUACACCUGCGAUGCCCUCAGCGAGUCGCCCCCGUGCGUCGACUGGGAAGUAAACACGUCCGUGGCCCUCGUCGAAGUCGGGGCAGUCUCGGAAUGCGACGAAAACGAGAUCGAAGCCUCUGCGGCUGCCCGCACGGCCAGCGUUCUUGCUGCCGCACUUGGGCCGCUGGCUGUGCUGUGCUGGACAGCAUAAACAGCCACUACAUACCGCACACCAAAAUCAGCAGCGCUUAGUUCGAUCAUAUUUUUUGCCGCUCCUGCAACCGUUGCUGGGCGCUUCUGCAGGCCAUCGGCCGCGGUUUUGUUGGAAUCCUCAUGAUUCAUCUAUUUUAAAUCGUUUCGCUCAUUCCGGCCCUCGUUUUGAGCCUCUUGGGGGCCUCGUGUGGCCUGGUCUCCACGGGGCUCUCUUGGGUCGGGCCGACGAGUUUACUCCCGACCGGCUGAUUGCCUACCAGCCAGCGCCUUUGGCCGUCGUCUCCACAGCAGUCUCGCAGCGUUCCCUACUCUCCCCCUCAUCAGACCUUCUCCUUCUCGUUCUUCCGCAUGGAGGGCUGCGCCAAUUGAAGGCGCCAAUGUGCUAAGCAGAGCAGUACGUUGCUUGGACAGGCCCAGCGGUAGCAGUCGAUGGAGUCGGCAGCUCCUCGCGCGGCACCUUUUCAUUUUAUCUCGGCAUGGGCGCUCUAAGAGUGACAAUAUUCGUCACCUGGAGCCCCGUGCUUGUGAUCAUUUGCUCUUGGCUCGGAUUCUGAGUGGCAAUCCCUCGCCACCAGCAAAGACAGAGAGGAGAGAAACCAUGCAUCUUAGAGGUACGUAGCAUCCCGCAGAUGCGGAUAAGAGCGAUGUGGCGGUGGGGACUCUGGCAGUUUGCAC